AUGUUGCGCCUGUCCACGACGCUCGCCGUCGCCCUGCCCGCCGCCCACGCCAUCCUCGUCACUCCCGGCUCACCGUGCUCGACCAGCUGCGGCAAUGUCCUUGACUCGACCUCAACCGCAGACAUCGUUUGCGACGAGGCCGGCCCCUCGGGCGCCGCCGCCCAGCUCUUCCAGGGCUGCGUCGAGUGCGAGAUGGGAAGCGGCUACUUCCACAACAACCAGAGCGACGUCCAGUCCGUGCUUUACAACCUGCGAUACGCCGUAUCGUACUGCCUGUUUGGCGUACCCAUCAACGAGAAUCUCGUCAACAACCCGUGCAUUACCAGCAAGGCUUGUGGACCCUUUCUCAACGCAAUCGAGUACAAGAAUCUGUCGUCAACGUACAAGAGCUACGAGUACUGCCAGCGGUGGCCCAUGGAUAUAAACGUCGACUACAGGGGGUGCACGGAAUGCCUGCAGGCAGCGGAAAGCUUCCACCUCGCAAACUUUGUCACAGUUCUUGAGGCUGGCUGUGAACAGCGCCCAGCGCCCGGCAUCGGCCUCGGCCUAGAAGGCAACGUAUUCUCCUCAGACUACGUCAACGUCACGGCCCCAUCACCAACGGUCGCCGUCGACCCCAACUGGUUCGACCAAGGGCCCCUCAACUUGAGCGCCAAGGUGGGCAUUGCUGUCGGCGGUCUCGUGCUCCUUCUCACGAUUCUUGGAUGCGCCAUCGUCCUCAACGGCAAACGCAGGAGAAGGGCCUACCUGCGAAGGCUCGAGGCCAAGUACGUGCAGAGGGGAUGGCCCGCACCCAACGGGCAGGGGGAGAAGCCGGAUGCGCCCAUGAGCCAGCCAAGGCCGUCCAGAGGAUGGGACGACACGCCUGUUAGCCAACAGCCCUUGCGAGGAUGGGACGACUCGCCCAUGACUGUCAGCACCGAGAAUGCUUAUCCGAGAUAUUUUUCGCCCUACUCGAGCCAGUACAAUAGCCCCGUCAGCGCUCGUAACAGUCCGAGCACGCAUAUGCCCCUGGCCGCACUCGGCAUCACCCAAGAUAUUGGCGUUGCGCUCGGCGACGACGACGGUGCCGGUGCACAGAGCACGGCGUCGCCGUCAGAGGGUAAGGGAAAGGUCAGGCAAGAAGCCUACGAAAUGCAUCAGGUCGACAGCGCCGGAAGCAGCAGACCCAGGGAAGACGCAGGAGUCCCGAGGACCGAGGCGCCGGUGCUCUGCCACCCCGGCUUCGGGAGGACCAGCAACAGCCUGCCGAGGCAGUACGCCUUGAGCGAGGCCGACGCCAAUUCCGGCAGUGCCAUCUGA